AUGGAGACUGCCCCUUUAUGGCCGAAUGGAGCUAUUGCAAACGCACCGGAAUGCGAUGCGCGUCCACAAGAAAGGUUCAGCUCUCCGGCCGCCUCCCCCUCUGGCGACACACUAUCUGCCCCCGAGCAGCGUGAUGGUGUCAUAUUCCAUCACGGCAGCCGGUGCUGGAGGGCAGUCUUCCACGAUGACGAGAUGGUGCAGGAUGUUUCCUUGGGUCUCAGGAAAUCACACCGGGCAGCCACUGCACUCUACCACUGUGCAAGAUAUCUGCGGUCGUGGCCCGAAAAUUCGAGCCCUCAGCCUGCCUCCAACAUCCUCCUUGAAAUGCCGGCGAAUGAGAUUGAGAGUGUUGUGGAGUGCCUGGUCAACGCCAAGUGCUUGUAUCCAGACGAUGCCAGGGAACGGCUCAACCAGUUGCUGUUGCAGAAGGCAGAGCAUUAUAGACCACUGUGCAUGGGCUUGUGCUCUGACAGUCUGGCUGCUGCAAAUGCCGGCCUGUCCCAUCCCAGGGCGAAUGGCAUUGCACAUCCCUGCCAGAAUGGACUCACCAGGUGUGAGCCUGCACACAGCCUAUCAAGUGGCAAGGGUGGCGCUGUUGCCAUUAAUGGGAUGGCUUGUGCAGCAGAUGCAGUUGGUCAGAAUGGGCAUCAGCUUCCGGUUCCAGAUGGGUCCGAAACAGAGAGCGAUGCGAAGACGAUGUCGGGCAGCCCUGAAACAAAUAACAGUGCUGGUUGCGAGGGUGUCCGUGGUGUACGGCUUGUGACGAAUGGAAAGAUGGCAGGGCAGUACUUGGUCUAUGUGGAGCAUGAAGAAGGCACAGUGGUUGCUGUUGGAUACCAUUCUUCCGUCCUCAAGGCGGCGCAGCUGCAUGACAUUGUGAGCAUUGCCCAGAAGGGCACGGCAGCUCAGCUGAACUAUCCCAAGCAUCGAUACCACCUGGAAGAAUUCAUAGAAACACUGCAGAAACUGCCCAAGCUGUUUUCAAAGUCGGCGUUCUGGUGCGCACUGAAGAAUGGCAUCGAUGCUGGCCUGAGGCUGAAGGCUGCCCGCAAUGGGAGCUCAGAAACAUCCCCAGAGCCACAGCAGCCACAGCCCACGGGGUCCAGGCAGCGCCCAUCUUUCCACACACUGAACAGAUCUUUCAUGGGCCCCCGUCCUCCGAUUUUUCCAGGGAUGAUUGCACAGUGGCCCUUUCCACCAAGGGCAAUGUCAAACCCCGUGCCACGAAUGUGGGGAGUUGGGUCACAAUUUGGAGUAGAUGCAGUACCUCAACGAAGAGAUCUCGUCGAUGAGGACCCAGUGACGGGCUCAGAGGCUGGCUGCUGUCAGAUCGGCGAUCCCCCUUCGGACCCCAGUGAUGGGAGCAAGACAGCUGCUGAUCGGCAUUGCAAUGUGGCAAAGCAGCAGAGCCAGGACAUGGAAGUCCCUGCCAGUAGGAAGUCGGAUGAACAAGAAGGAGAUGCGGACGCCUGUGGCAUUGGCAACAAAGGAGCGGCUGGAUUGGGGAGUGUGCCAGCUGAAAAGAACACACAACCAGGGCACCAAACAAAUUCAGAGAUCAAGGCAGAUGCGCCUGUUAGGUAUGUGGCUGCACCAACCAGGCGGCCCAAAAGCCACGUUGGUGAGCUGCAGGCACUUGAGGAGUGUAGUAGCAAGAUCGGAGGUGGCAAUGAAACUGGGAUGCUUAUGGAAGGGCAUCUGACUGAAGAAAAGGGCGACCUGCAGGCUUCCCAGGUGAAGAACGAGAGCGGCAUUGUGCGCAAUGGCUAUGCAGAUGGAUACGGAAUCGGAGAUGUUGAGAACAAGUCACAAGGUGACAAGCAUGUUGUGACUCUUGAGCCUUUCGCUUGUCACCUUGCAAGUGUUGGAGCUCCACCGAAGCAUCAGGCUGCAAGUGUGCUCAAUGGUCAAGCACCCCCAGUGGUGGAGGAUGGCAGAAGUGAGGCGCAGAGAGAUGAGGGGCUCGCAGGCAGACCACCAACUCCUGCGGCUGACGGCUUGGCAGAACAUCACAAGAUGAAAUGGAACACAGACAGUGUUGCCACUUCACAAGGCGUUGAGGGAAGAAAGGAGGUCAGCGGAGUUGAGCAGGACUUGUCAGAGGUGACGGCGUCAGACUGCCAGGGCGCCGCCGUAGGCAAUGCUGCCUCAGUUACAGCCAGAGAGCAUAGUGGUUGCACUGCCUUGAAAGAUGGAGUUGCAAAGUUUGACGAAGCAAAUUCUUGUGGAUCCCUGCAUGUGGUCUCUGCCACUGCGACUUGCCAGGCGAUUGGCAGCACAGCGCCAGAACAGAGUCCCGAGAACAUCGAACCGAAUCACGGGUCAAGACACCUUGGUGUGACAGAGGCAGAAGGUGGGGAACGGCGAUCGUUUGUUCACCGCGACGGCAGUCCUGUGGAGGUGGGAAAGUUCAAGCUACCUGAGGAUGCUUCACGGGCCCACGACUGUGCUGUGCUGGGGCUGCUUGGCCUGGGCGCCCAAAUGGACUUUCCGGCAGGCUCGUACACGCAGGAGCAAAUAAAACAAGCGCUAGCAAGCAUGGGCAAGGAAAGGAGCAAAGAUCGGGGGCUGGCGGCACUUCAUACGACUCAUGGCGAAGGCGCUGCGUGCGGCGCCGAGGAAUUAACAGUGUCAGAGCUUGGAAGAGAGGAAGAACUCGUGGAAGAAUUCAACGUAGGCACGACACGGACUGGGAGGAUGGUGAGAUUGCCAAAGCGUUUCAGGGAAGGUACCCUGGAAAAGGAUGAGGUGCCGGAUAUUGACGUCCGGCAGCAACUGCCGCCACCCAUGUCACUGCCGUUGCCGCCACCACCGCCGCAGCCCAGCAAACCGAAAACUAAAAAAAUCAAGAGGGUGGUGGAAACGGCACCAAAAGAUCACGCGUCUUUCAGGGGAGAGGACCUCCUCAUGCACUAUGGCAGCCAAGGUAAGGGGGGCAACACCAGAUAA